UGUAAGCCCAUCAGUUGCGUAGAGUCCGUCAUCGAGUCCACAGGAUACGAGCAACAUGGUGUUGAUGGACAAUGUGGCGGUGUACAGCGCGGAGCGUAAGUCUCGACUCUACAGUGAGUACAACAUGACCAGUCAAACUGUGGGGCAAGACGUACAAAUGUUGAAACAAUGGAUGGGAAAACAGCCUCACCUGCCGGACGUAUCGUCAUUAAAAAUGAUAGACAACUGGCUCGAAGGACUUCUCCUCCUUACCAAGAACUCCAUAGAGAGGGCGAAGGCCUACAUAGACUCAUACUUCUCCAUUAGAACAGCUGUACCAAACAUAUUCCACCAUAGAAGCUGUAAAGAUCUGGAGAUCAGGGAGAGCUACAAGCACGUCAAGCUGGCGCUUCUCCCCGGCCUAACGGAGGAGGGACACAGAGUGCUCCUCAUGAAGAUUGACUCCUCAGACCCUUCCCUGUUCAACCUGGAACCUCUGAUAAAGCGAUGUUCCAUGGCAGUAGACUUCUACCUCCAACACGGCGUCGACUUCACCGGACUCCACGUCGUCCACGACCUCCAGAAUCUUGCCCUCGGGCACGCCUCAAGAUUCAGUCUGCAGCUCAUGAAGAUCAUGAGUAUGGCAAUGAAAGCCUACCCUUGUAGGAUACCUAAGAUUACUCUGGUCAACACCCCGUACUUCGUAGACAAGAUGAUCGCUAUCUUCAGACCCUUCAUUUCACCGAAGCUGAUGGCCAGGGUAACCUCCUACAAGGACGCGUCCCAGCUGUUGGACAUUUUACCAGCUCGUCUCGUUCCCAAAGACUAUGGUGGAGAUGCUUCUAGCGUGGACGAUCUUAAUCAGUUUUGGAUGGACAAGUUCGAGCAGAGUGCGGAAUUCUUCGCGCUCUGUGAUUCGCUGAAGACAGACGAACGCAAGAGACUGGGCAAGAAGAAGUUUUCAGUGACAGACUUUGGGGAAAACGGAUCGUUCAGGCAGCUUACCGUCGAUUAGGAAUUCUGACCUUAUUUAUUGUAUAAUACCUUUUCUUUAUUAAAUAUAGUUAUAUGGUUA